UAGCUGAUCAUCUUCAAUCUUUAAUACCUGUGGUGUCAAUGUCAUAGAUUCAAUGACAAAUAAAUUUUGUAUGAUAGAGCAUUUUGUUUAAACCGACUGUUUUCGUAAGUUUUAAAGCACUAGUGUAAAAUGUCGUUUAUCGGUGGAACGUUUGGGGCUCAACCAUUUUGGAAUAAUGGACCAGCUCCCGGUUGCUUCUAUAAUUUCCCUGGUCCACAACAAAGCUCACAAAUACAGCCUACAGAUUAUACAAAAAGGACCCAAAAUCCUACCACAACUGGUUCUUCUGUAAUCGGAAUUCGUUUUGACAAGGGGGUCAUGAUAGCUGCUGAUACAUUGGGUUCCUAUGGAUCCUUGGCUCGGUACAUUGGAGAUUGUCCAAGAAUAAUUAAGGUUAACGAUAGAAUUCUCUUUGGGGCUGGCGGCGAUUACGCUGAUUUCCAAUAUAUGGAAUCAAUGAUUGAAGCUAAAGUACGGGAAGAGGAAUGUUUAGAUGAUGAUUUUCAAAUGCAACCCAGCGGCUUGUAUAGUUGGGUAACCAGAGUUAUGUACAGAAAACGUAGCAAGAUGGAUCCAUUGUGGAAUAAUUUCAUCAUAGGAGGUGUACAGAGGGAUGGAACACCGUUUUUGGGAACCGUUGAUAAACUGGGAACAGCUUAUCAAGAUAGAUUGAUUGCUACUGGUUUUGGCAACCACUUAGCAAUUCCCUUAUUCAGAGAAUUAGCUGACAGUAAAUUGCCUGAAUUGACACAAGAAAAAGCAAGAGAACUUAUAACUAAUGCAAUGCAAGUUCUUUACUACAGAGAUGCCAGAAGCAGCCCUAAAUAUCAACUUGGUAUUUGUACUGCAGAAGGAAUUGAAAUACUUAAUGACCUAAAAGUAAAUCAAAACUGGGAGGUUGCACACAUGAUAGUGUAAUUCAUUUUUCUGUAUUUAAUAACUAUAUUGCAAUAAAACAAUUUUAUACACAAUAAUUUAUGAUU